AUGGAGCUGAUAAAACAGAUAUCGUCCCUGCCUGCCUCUUUGUCCUCGCUGAUGUUGUUCAUCGCCGCUUUUGGCCCCUUGGCGAUAGCAGAACCUACCUUGACUGAUGAUUCACAAUGCGGCUGCUACCGGAAUAACGACGAUACAAGCACCUACUUCACAAACCACCGCUUCUUCGAUUUCCGCAGCCUCGCCGACUAUGCCGGUGUGCCGGCCGUCGUCCAGGACUUAGAGGCCAGUCCCAACGCGCCCGUGACCAGCGACUACUUCAAGGGCGAAGAAUGGACCAGCUUCUGGUGGCUCGGCAGCUGGAACAACAGCAACAAUGUGCGCGGCGACGCCGCCGUAAUUAUGUCCAACUCGCCCAACAACGUUUACAUCGAAGCCAACACGGAGCCCAACCCGUCCUCGCAGACCUACCUCACCCUGCGCACGCAGCGCCUGCGCGGCUUCCAGACGGCCGCCGAGAUCGAGUCCAAGUCGACCAACUUCAAGUACCUCUCGCUGCGGAUGCGGGCGCGCACCGUGGGCGCCGCAGGUGCCAUCACGGGUAUGUUCACGUACCGCGGCGGCAAGACGCUGGCCGACGUGCAGGAGGCGGACCUCGAGAUCCGCACCGCCGACCCGCGCAACAUCAUGCGCUGCACCAACCAACCCGCCUACACCGACGACGGCGAGGUCAUACCCGAGGCCACUCGCAACGCCACCAUGCCCGGCGGACUCGACUGGACCGCCUGGGCCGAGCACCGCAUGGACUGGACCCCCGGCCUGACCACCUGGUACGUCAACGACGAGAUGACGGCCCAGAUCGCCUUCCAGGCGCCCCGCGACGAGAGCAACGUCAUCCUGAACGCCUGGAGCGACGGCGGCAAGUGGACCGGAAACAUGACGCUGCUCGACGCCGCCUACCUGCAGAUCCAGUGGCUGGAGAUCAUGUACAACAACACCGACCCCGCGCAAGCCACCGGGGCCAGCAAAAUCAAGAGGGAUGAUGAUGGCGCCGGUAAGACCCAGAAGGGGUGCGGUGCCGUGUGCAGUGUUGACGAGACGCCGCAGUUAGGGAAGCCCGUCAUGUUGUGGAACAAUGCUGCUAUAGGGACUAGCGAGACUGGGGCUGGGAGGCUUGUGUGGGUGCCGACGGGCGUGGUGCUGGUUAUGGCGCUGCUUUCGUCGGGGUUGUUGGUUUAG